CGUUAUGGUUCGGACUUAGAAGGAAAUAAACAUCAGUUAACUUCAAUUAACUUGGAAGGCAGCGGCAGCGGGACGAAGCUGACACGGAUCGGAGGCAAUGGUUCUGGCGCAUGUUCAGAGUGACGAGGCGGCCGCGUCGGCCGCCGUGUUCGCGUCGAGGUACGUGCAGGAGCCGAUCCCGAGCUUCGAGCUCGGGGAGAAGUCCAUCUCCAAAGACGCGGCGUACCAGAUCAUCCACGACGAGCUGCUGCUGGACGGCAGCCCGCGGCUGAACCUGGCGUCGUUCGUGACGACGUGGAUGGAGCCCGAGUGCGACCGGCUCAUCAUCGAGGGCAUGAACAAGAACUACGCCGACAUGGACGAGUACCCCGUCACCACCGAGCUCCAGAACCGGUGCGUGAACAUCAUAGCGCGGCUGUUCAACGCGCCGCUGGGCGCCGCCGAGACGGCCGUCGGGGUCGGCACGGUCGGGUCCUCGGAGGCAAUAAUGCUCGCCGGGCUGGCGUUCAAGCGGCGGUGGCACAACCGGCGGAAGGCGGCGGGGAAACCCCACGACAAGCCCAACAUCGUCACCGGAGCCAACGUUCAGGUGUGUUGGGAGAAGUUCGCGCGGUACUUCGAGGUGGAGCUGAAGGAAGUGAAGCUGAGCGAAGGGUGCUACGUGAUGGAUCCCGACAAGGCGGUGGAGAUGGUCGACGAGAACACCAUCUGCGUCGCCGCCAUCCUCGGCUCCACCCUCACCGGCGAGUUCGAGGACGUCAAGCGCCUCAACGGCCUCCUCGCCGCCAAGAACAAACGAACAGGGUGGGACACUCCGAUCCACGUGGACGCGGCCAGCGGCGGGUUCAUCGCGCCGUUCCUGUACCCGGAGCUGGAAUGGGACUUCCGGCUGCCGCUGGUGAAGAGCAUCAACGUCAGUGGGCACAAGUACGGCCUCGUCUACCCCGGCGUUGGCUGGGUGGUCUGGCGCAACAAGGAGGACCUCCCCGAGGAGCUCAUCUUCCACAUCAACUACCUCGGCGCCGAUCAGCCCACAUUCACGCUCAACUUCUCCAAAGGGUCUAGCCAAAUCAUCGCCCAAUAUUACCAAUUCCUUCGACUCGGUUUCGAGGGCUACAAGAAUGUGAUGGAGAACUGCAUGGAGAGCGCAAAGACGCUCCGGGAGGGGCUCCUGCGCACGGGGCGUUUCGACGUCAUCUCCAAGGAGGACGGCGUGCCGCUGGUGGCCUUCGUCUUCAGGGGCGCCAGCGCCAGGGACGGGUCGCUGGCGUUCAAGCUGUCGGCGAGCCUGCGCCAGUUCGGGUGGAUCGUGCCGGCGUACACGAUGCCGGCGGACCUGGAGCACAUGACGGUGCUCCGCGUGGUCGUCCGGGAGGACUUCGGCCGGCCGCUCGCGGAGAGGUUCCUGUCCAACGUGCGCAUGGCGCUCAACGAGCUGGACCUGGCGGACAAGGGCCCCGUGACGAAGAUGAGGCUCACCAUCGAGCUGGGACCGGCCAGGGGCGCCGACGAGGAGGCGUCCGUCAGGGUUGUGGAGAGGGAGGCGGUGUCGGCGCACGGGAGCGUGUCGCUUGUUACCGGCAAGACGAAGGGUGUCUGCUAGUUAAUUUGCCGUCAGAUAACUAUACGCCCCUGCGCGUUUCGAUCACUCGAUUGUGUUGCAAAAUAAAUUGCAGGGAAGGAAAUAAGUGCGAACAAGCAUGAAACAUGUCACUUCGGUUUAUUAAAAA